UCUUCUCGUUAGCUAUUGACACUGCAGCCAGAGAAGUGAAAUCGGCCUUCAAUAUGUGGUAUUUAGACGAUGGAUCUAUCGGUGGGGACAUCGAUACCGUCUGCCGUGACCUAGAACGGUUGAUUCCAGCACUAUCAGCUAGAGGACUUGUUGUCAACCCUACAAAAUGCGAGAUCAUCCUGCCACGGUGCUGUAGUGAGCACCAAACGCGGUCUAUUAUAGAGCGUCUGCACACAUUUAUCCCUGGGGCUGCCUUAGUAAAAGACAUUGAAGCCAGGAUGCUUGGAGCGCCAAUGAUGGAUGCGGCUGCCGAGAAAGUAAUGGCGGAGAAGAAAAAUGACCUGGAGCGGAUGGUGGACCGGCUACAGCACAUAGAUGCGCACUCGGCCUUCUAUCUUCUGAGAAAUUGUCUGUGGAUCCCGAAACUCCAGUAUAUCCUUCGAGCAGCCCCUGUGUACAGGCGACUAGAUCUCCUGCAACCUCUGGACGAGACGCUCCGCGCUGCAGUUUGUAGCAUUACUAACGUCGCCUUUAGCCAGGACAGUUGGACACAGGCAGUUUUACCGACUAGAUAUGGCGGACUAGGCAUCAGACGCACGCAAGACCUUGCACUUCCAAGCUACGUAACAUCCCUUCACCAUUGUAUGCAGCUGCUGAUGUCGAUGCUGCCCGGAUCGCUACGCGCCAGACUGUCGGCGGAACAAGAAGUUACCUUGACGGACUGGAGGAUGGCGGCUGAGCCAGCGGAACCUCCAACAGGUGACGCUGCACGAAGUCAGCGUGCAUGGGACAGCGUACUAGCCGACAAAGUGCGAAGCAGCCUACUGGCCACCGCUACCCAGGUAGAGCAAGCCCGUCUUUUCGCAGCAGGGACGGUGGAGAGCGGAGCAUGGUUGCACGCCUUGCCCUCAGCCAGCCUGGGCACGCUGCUGGACCCUCCCACCCUUAGAGUCGCCGUUGCUUUGCGCGUCGGAGCUGAAGUCUGCCAGCCACAUAGGUGUCGUUGUGGCUCCCUGGCCGACAGUUUGGGACACCAUGCGCUGACCUGCCGUCUGAGCGCGGGACGUCAUCCCCGCCACACCGCGCUCAAUGACGUGAUUAAGCGUGCCCUGCAGACUGUCGGCUUGCCAUCUCUUCUUGAGCCCACCGGCAUCGAUCGUGGUGAUGGGAAACGGCCGGACGGCUUGACGCUUUUCCCAUUUACUGAGGGAAAAUCGCUCGUGUGGGAUGCCACUUGCGUCAACACCUACGCGGCUUCCCAUCUGCCGGCCACCGCCGCUGCUGCCGGCGCUGCAGCCAGGGACGCUGAGGAGAGAAAGAUGCGCAAGUACUCGGGACUGGCUGAUCGGUUUCAAAUUCAGCCUGUGGCAAUUGAAACUAGUGGCGUCUACGGCCCGGCAACAAGCCGCUUCAUAAGCCUUUUAGGUGGCCGUUUAGUCAGCGUGACCGGCGACGCGCGUGAAUCGUCCUGGCUGCGACAAAGACUAGCGCUGGCUGUAGUCCGUGGCAAUGCAGCGAGUGUCCUCCAUUCGCCAUUUAGCUCUGGUCCCCUGAAGCAGGCAACAGGCGAAACGCACCUCACUGAUCCGGCAGAGCGCCACCAGCUCCACGUUGACCCUGAGUGGGCUACCACACCGGAUAACACCGCUAGCCGGUCAGCACCCCUCUCAGAGUCACAGGUCGGCGAGAACAUAGAGUUAUGCUACACCACCACCAGUCCACACCAGUCCAACAGUCACUCUCCACCACCUCCAUCAGAUGACAUCCCUAGUAUAUCCGCUCGUUUGGCACGUUAUCGUGAACUGUUCAGUCGAAUGAAACAAGAAUUCACGGAGCAAAGACUCGAGAACAUGACUAGCCGCGACGUUAUGGCCGAUCCGGAGCUAGCCUACUACUUAACGCGAAAAGCAAAGGAUCGAGCCGUGGACGCAGCAAGUCCAGAGGUUCCAAGAAGGUCGCUAACACCGUGUUGAAGAAACGCCGCGUUGUGAACAAGAAGUCGUGCUAAAUGUUCCAUCUCUCGUAACAAUCAUACGCCAGUUUUGGAAUUUUGUUGUGCUUUUCACCUGCAUAGC